AUGAAGACUGAGAACCAGAGCAGCAUGUCGGAGUUCCUCCUCCUUGGGCUCUCCUUCUCGCUGGAGCGGGAGGUCUUAUUCUUCACCUUGUUCCUAGGGAUGUACCUGACCACAGUGCUGGGGAACCUGCUCAUCAUCCUUCUCAUCAGGCUGGACUCUCGCCUCCACACCCCCAUGUACUUCUUCCUUAGCCACUUGGCCUUCUCUGACAUUUCCCUUUCAUCUGUCACAAUUCCAAAGAUGCUCAUGAACAUGCAGACUCAGCAACAAUCCAUCCCCUAUGUGGGGUGCAUUUCUCAGAUGUGUUUUUUCUUAGUUUUUGCUUGUCUUGAUAAUUUCCUUCUCGCAGCGAUGGCAUAUGACAGGUAUGUGGCCAUCUGUCACCCACUCCACUACACAACUGUUAUGAGGCAGGAGUUGUGUGUCUCCUUAGUAGCUGGGUCUUGGUUAUUCUGUUGUGCACAUGCUCUUUUGCACACCAUCCUCUUGGUCCAACUGUCCUUCUGUGUUGACAAUACCAUCCCCCACUUCUACUGUGACCUCACUGCCCUCCUAAAGAUGAGCUGCUCAGACAUCUCCGUUAAUGAGAUGGUCAUUUUCACUGAGGGAGGAAUGCUUUUCUUUUUGCCUUUGAGUAGCAUCUUGGGGUCAUAUAUCCGGAUAGGGUCCACUGUCCUGAGAGUCCCCUCCACCAAGAGACUCUUUAAAGUCUUUUCAACCUGUGGCUCCCAUCUCUUUGUGGUGUCCUUAUACUACGGGACACUUGCAGGUGUUUACUUUUUCUCAUCAUCACGGAGCUCCAAUGACAAAGACAUAAUUGCUUCAGUCAUGUAUGCAGUAGUUACUCCCAUGUUGAACCCCUUCAUAUAUAGCCUGAGGAACAGAGACAUAAAACAGGCCCUAUUAAUAUUUGUCAAUAGGGCUAAGUUCUUUAAGUGA